AUUUUCUUUCUUCUUCUGCGUCUUCCUUUCCUCUUUUCUUCGUCUCCCACCAUUUCUGAGACGACGACCCCCCAGAAGAUAAAAAAAAAGAGCUUCCUUGUUGGAGAUCUAAACGAGGAAGAUCACUUAAUUUCCCUCUGGAUCUCCAGAGAGUAGGAGAAACGAGAGAAGGAGGAAGAAGGCAAUGGCGGGUAGGUAUUGGUGUCAUAUGUGUUCACAAGCUGUGGAUCCUAUCAUUGACGCAGCGGAGAUCAAAUGUCCCUAUUGCCAAAGCGGGUUCCUUGAGGAAAUGAGCGGUGAGAGUAAUGGCAAUGGCGGCAGCAGCAGGGAGGUUCAAGACCAAGAGAUCGAUUUCGGUACGGACCGUGCCUUGUCUCUAUGGGGUCCAAUCUUGGUUGGAAUGAUGAGUAAUCCUAGGAGACGUAGAAGGUUUCGGAGGACAGAGUUUGGUCUUGAUAAUGAUGACGACAUCAGCAGCAGCACUGUCGACAAUCCUCAUCACAAUCGUCGUCAUCAUCAUCAUCAUCGCCACAGGGAACAUGAUGGAGAGAUUGAUUUAGGCAGGGAGGUUGAUUCCAUCAUCAGGAGGAGACGGAGAAGCUCAGCUGCGAUACUGCAGUUGCUUCAAGGCAUUCGUGAAGGGAUUAACUCGGAUCACGAGAGCUCGGACGGGAACACUACUUCUCGCUCUGCGAUUGGAGAUUACUUAGCUCGACCGGAGUUUGACAGCUUGCUUCGAAAUCUAGCUGACAACGAUCUGAUAAGGCGACAAGGGACACUUCCAGCGCGGAAGGAAGCGGUGGAGAAUCUUCCAACGGUUAAAGUAUGCGAGCCGUUGCAAUGUUCGGUUUGUUUGGAGGACUUUGAGAAAGGAAGCGAAGCUAAAGAGAUGCCGUGUAAGCACAAGUUUCAUAACCGGUGUAUAGUACCGUGGCUUGAGCUUCACAGUUCGUGUCCUGUGUGCCGAUAUGAACUACCUCCUGAUGAUGAGGUGAAGGCUGAUCUGGUGAGACCGACGACAAGAAGUGUAGGGGUCAACUUGCGUAAUGAGAAUGUGGAAGAGAAUGCAAGGAAUAUUAGUGGGAGCGAGAGAAGGUUCUCGUUACCGUGGCCGUUGAGUGGAUUGUUCUCUUCCUCCUCUUCGUCGUCAUCAGGAUCAACAUCAGGGUCGUCUCAGGUUAAUGAGAACUCAAGUUAAGGAUUUCAAAAAAGAAGAGAAACAAAACAAUCUCUGCCCCGUUUCUAUAUUUGUCAGGUUGAAGUACAUAAGAUCACUUUUGAGGAAUGGAGUAGUUUCCUUGUUUGUUUUAUAUAUUAUCUCUUGCUAGGAACAAAUGUUAUUCUCAAGUUAAUUCUUUCAAACUAUUUGCACUUAGCACAGUUAAAAUGAUUAUCA